AAAAAUAUUGUUGAGAAGUUGUAAUUCGAUUUACACCUCCCAGGAUGAGAAGUUACAUACGACACAGCUAUCAAGUCAACACCAAACUUCCCUCGGCAUGCAAAUCACACCUGUAAGGUACGCCGCUGACCAAUAGCUCUGAUCUUAUUGAAAUUGUUCGGCAAACCAUCGUAUCGUCCGCUUCAGGAAACCUGGUUGUGUACUGAAAUACAGGACUACGCAAAUACACACACCCGUUUCCCUACAAAACCGACGAACUCAUUUGCCACCUAGUUAGUUCAAUCCGAAACGAAAUAGAGGAUAAGUAUAUUUUUACUCUCAUUUCAUUUAUAUCGACGAAGCAAAUACUCAUUCCAGAAAAUUGAAAUACGGCUUCGAGCGUCGUUUAAUUUUGAUUAGCUAAAGUGACAUUCAGCAGAAAAAGUAGUGAAAAUGGCAUUUGACGGCAAAGAAAGUGAUAAUGGUGUUGUGGAAUUUCAGUUCUAUCGACCAGAGAAUAGAAGCAAAUGGGAAAAUAUUCAGAAAGCUAUUUAUGAUAAACCAUCUGGCCAAUGCUUUGGCCGGACUCCAAAAAACUGGGGUCAGUUACUUGGAUUUUACAUGAUUUUCUACAUUGUGCUGAUAGCUCUGUUUGCGAUAUGUAUGCAGGGCCUCUUUUUCACAUUGAGCGAAAAGGAACCAAGAUGGAAAUUAGAUGACAGUUUGAUUGGAAUGAACCCUGGUCUUGGUUUUAAACCCAUUUCCCCAAAAACUGAAGAGGGUUCGCUUAUUUGGUAUAAUAUCACCGAUCCUUCCACUAUUACUAAAUGGGUAAAAUUGAUGGACGAGUUUUUGAAGCCUUACAAAACCAAUCAGACUGGUGAAAAUUUUGUUAAUUGUGACUUUGGGAAGCUUCCGAAGUCAGAUGAAGUUUGCGUUGUUCCUAUUCAACAGUUGGGACGGUGUAAUCCAGAUAGACAUUAUGGAUACCACUCAUCAUCCCCAUGUGUUUUCCUGAAGUUAAAUAGGAUUUUCGAUUGGGAACCGGAAUUCUACAAUUCCUCGGUCGAAUCUAUGCCAGAUGAUCUGAAAUAUCAUAUAGAUAAUGCUACCAAAUCUCACGAUGAUAGAAAACAAAUAUGGGUCACCUGUAAUGGGAUCGAUGACUUUGAUAAAGAAAAUGCAAAAGAAUUCAACUAUUAUCCUAGGGGAUUUGCAGGAUAUUAUUACCCCUACAAACAUGUGAAGAACUAUCUGAGUCCUAUCGUUGCCGUAGAAAUAGUCAAUAUAACUCCAAAUGUCUUGGUCAGUAUAGAAUGUCGAGCAUGGGCCAGGAACAUAUUCUAUGAAGGAGGAUCCCUUAAAAAAUCAGGCUCAGUUACAUUCGAGAUUCAAGUGGAUUCGGAUUACAAAUUACCAGAAAACAAUGUCACUCUCUACAAAACGGAAGUGAAAUAAUUUUUCGCAAGUUUAUAUGUAGAAGUGUGUUCAACCAUCCAAACAGUUGUAUUGUCGAAUGAACAAGUUCAUAUCUCGUGUAAAAUUGUUUUUGUCACUGUUUUUUGAGUUAUGUUUGAUAUCUCAGAUAAUAUAUGAUUUUUCAUUACUGAUUCACAAUUUUAUCAAUGUACGUUUCAAUACCAAAGUUUUAAAUAAUGUCAAUUAUGUACAAUUUACUGUUUUUAUUAACAUUUCGAUAUUGUCAAUCACUCCACGGGUAUUGGUACUGAAACUAUAUAUUUUUAUAUUCAAAAAAUUAUCAAAUGUUUUAUUUAUUAUGCUGUCGCUUAAUUAUGAUGAGAGAUUUAAAAUAUCAUCUUGCACGCAAGUGUUGCUGUAUUUUGUGCUGAAUGAAAAAUAAAUACUGAAAUGAU